AUGUCAAACAAGAUUCAUUCACCAAUUGAUAUUCUAUGUCGAGAACUGCAUCGACUCGAUAACGACAUCGAUCGAUUACAAAUGCUGAAUACCUUAAAAUCACAUCUUCAUCUCUUGCAGUUAACACCAUACACUUUACAAUUCUUUUUUUCGAUUUUUAAUAGCGAAAAUUAUCGUCUACAAGCAUUAUAUCAAUUGAUUCCAUUCAUUCACCCAUUCAUUACUACGGAAAGUUUUCCAAUACUUCUUGAACUAUUUCCUACCGAUCAAUAUCGCUUACAUUUGAUUGAAACAUUGAUAACUCAUGAUUCAUUGAAAACAAACAAAGAUCUGCUCAAUAUCUUGGAUAAUAAAUUUCGAGAACAUUUUCAUGGAAAGAAAUCCACUCCACUGGUUGAUCAUAUUGACAUAACCUCUUGCGCAACUAUAUCAAAAGUUUGCUUUCUCCAUUACUAUCCUUCAAACUCUCUACCGAUGUCAAAUAAGGCUGAAUCAAGUACUUCGGGUGUCUUUGAAAAAGCCAAAAAAUUCGUCUAUCGUGUCUUCGGUAGUGGUAAUUCAUCGCCAUCUUUGAAUGAACAUCAAUCAAACAAACGGCUGAUUGAUGAAGAUAUGAACGAACGGAAGAAAUUUCAUUCUAUCAGUACCAAUUUACAUUUUCAUCCGACAAGAAUAUCAGCGUUCACUUCACAAAGCUAUACGUCACUUCAAAUCAAGUCCCCGCCACCUUCACCAAUUGACCAGCCAAUUACUCGUCAAUCGUCUAUGACAUUUCGUAUCGAUGAAUCGUCAUUGCCGAUUCAAUCCAUGAUGGUGACGCAAAUUCAUUCGAUUCUCGAUAAUAUCGAUUCAGUUCUCGACAAAAUCGAAGUACAAACGAAUUCCUUAUCCCAAAGAUCGACGUACAAUGAAAAUUAUUCAAUGAUCUUCUCAUCAAAUUCAUCUGACCAAGAUGUAAACAUUCUCGAUCAAUCAGUUCAACAAACUAGUACGGAUCAGAUCACUCAAACAACGCUAAAUAUUGUCGAACACUAUGUAAACAUAAAUAACGGAAGUGGUGAUACGCCAUCCGCAUUCAUCGAUCUCAUGGACAUCAUCGAUUCGACAGACGAUCAGCUGAACUCUUCGAUAGAUAAUGAAUGA